AUGACACUCCUUGACGAUGGUGCUGCGGCCUUCACUCAGAAGCACUGCAGCUCUGCGCCGGGGCUUCUAUGGGGGCCCCUGAGCGUGCACGAGGCGCACAAGCAGCUGCACUCCGAGCCCGUGGGCACCUUUCUGGUGUGUGGCAGUCGCCAGUGGAACUGCUUCUUCGCGCUCAGUGUGAAGAUGGCCUCGGGCCCCACGAGCAUCGGCUUGCACUUCCAAGCUGGCCGCUUCCACCUGGACCGCAGCCACGAAAGCUUCGACAGCCUCUUCAACCUGCUGGAGCACCACGUGGCGGCGCCGCAGGAGCUGUGCCGCCAGCGCCAGCGUAUUGUGGCCACCGCGGGCCGUGAGAACCUGGCGUGCAUCCCCCUCAAUCCAGUCCUCCGCGAUUACUUGAGCUCCUUCCCCUUCCAGAUCUGA